AUGAUCAGAGAAUGGGAGAACAGAUGUCAGAAGAUUGGCAGAGAGAGGGCUAAAGAUUCAAGAGCCCAAGAAAGGAAGACUGCAGAGGGGAAGCCAAAUAAGAAUGGAACACCAGUCAGAACAUUCUACACCAGCGAUUCCUUUCAGGAUAAAGACUUCUUGUGCUUCCAAGGGGAUCUAUGUUCUGCUUCACCGUUGGGGAUAUGGACAAAUUUCUACAAAUCUGACCCACGCAUUGCCCUCGGGAAAUACUCCCCCUUGGAAAAAGAGAUUCUACGUCUAGGUGGUAUUCACACUGUAGCAGCAAGAAGAUUUCUGACUUACAAGCAAGAGGAAGAACGGAAAAUGCUCAAGGAACUACAGUUGGUAUCUUCAGACUACAAACAGGCGAUGGAAUAUAAAAAACAACAUUAUCCUCCUUGUACCACUUGUGGGCCCCUAGAAAAAAUAUGGACGGCAAAGGUGAUUGUGCCCCCAGAGGAGUUCAAAAUGCCACAACGAGAGAGGCUAAACAUCAGCAAGCACAUAGAACGGAUGCAGUUUGCUCGAGCCCUGAGAAAUAAGCAGCUUUUACCCUACAUUGAAAGGUUUAGGAGCUCUUCAUUUCUGUCUGGAGGGGGCCUGGGCCCAAUGGCAAAAGACGAGGCCGGAAUAGACGAGGACGACGCUGACGCUGAUUGCUGGGAUGAUGUCAAGCCAGAGGAGAGAGACAAGGCAGAGAACAAAAGCACAAAAAGACAAGAAAUAAAAAUGAACGUAAUUUUCAAGUCAGAAGAACCAAAGAAAUGUCUGACAUAUCACCCAAAUGAUCGGAAACCAUUCCUCUCCACAAAGAAAGCGGAACGGUCCAUCACUGGCUUAACGAACCGAAAUCUUUUCCACUUAGCUGAAUUCCCUGGAGACCUAAUGCUAAUGAAUCAGGAUUUUAUAUCACGGGGAGUCCACUCCAGUGGUGCCACGAAGGCCAACCACCUGGAAGAAGUCUGGAAAUAG